AUCAUUUGGUAUCAAAGCUUAGCUUGUCGUUUCAACAUCUCUUUCCCUACUACACUCAACACUUUUCACACUUUUCACCAUGACAAACCAAUCUCAAACCAUGUCCAAUGAAGAGCUCCAAGCCUCUAAUGCAGCCCUCAAGGCUCAAGUUGAGUACCUAGCCAAGCAAGUGGCUCAACUUACGAGGAAGAAGAAGAAGAUGCUUGAGACACCCGAAGAGAGUAAUGAAGAACUAGAUGUGGAAGCUCAAGAUGUUGGAAACUCUAGCAACAACACUAGUGGUAGCUCUUGUGACAAGGGAGCUAGUGGCUUCAAGGUUGACAUUCUGAACUUCGAAGGAAAGAAGGAUCCCGAUGAAUUCCUAAAAUGGCUAGAGACCGUAGAACGUGUCUUCGACUUCAAGGGUGUCCCCGAAGAAAAGAAGGUAAAAUUGGUUGCUUUGAAGCUACGAAAACGCCUCAUGACGUCUGGUAAGCUGGAUUCCAAAUCUGACAGGUGUAAAUUUGUGGGAUACCCUAAGGAAACGAAAGGGUAUGAGUUCUAUCAUCCGACCGAUAACAAAACCUUUGUUGCUCAGAACGGAACCUUCCUUGAGAAAGAGUUUCUCUCUGCUAUUUCUAGUGGGAGAAAGGUAGACCUCGAAGAAAUUCGAGAACCACAAGAAGAGAUCUCAAUAGCAGUGGAACCCGAGCAUCAAGAUUUAGUAUCUCGACCGGCUCAGGUUUUACCACGUUGGUCAAACCGGAUGCGUAAUCCUCCGGUUAGAUACGGCUUCCUUGUAUCUGAUGAAGGUGACGUCUUUCUGACUUGGUUGAGCGAGAACUUCGCCAUGAAGGACUUAGGGAAUGCUACUUAUGCCCUUGGCAUAAGAAUCUACCGUGAUAGGUCAAGAAAGUUGAUAGGUCUAUGUAAAAGUACAUAUAUAGAUAAGGUCCUUGAUCGAUUUAGCAUGACUAACUCGAAAAAGGGGUCCUUACCUGGCACGGCUCUUUCCAAGAGCCAGAGUCCUUCUACUCGCGAGCAAAAGGAACUCAUGAUGAAGGACACAACCGCCAAUUCAACUACAGAGGCUAAGUACAUGGCUGCUGCUGAAGCAGCAAAGGAAGGUGUUUGGAUAAAGAAGUUCAUUUCUGAACUUGGAGUGGUUCCUAGCAUUAAUGACCCAAUCCCGUUGUUCUGCGACAACACUGGGGCCAUUGCACAAGCAAAGUAACCACGAUCUCACCAAAAGACCAAGCACAUUGUACGAUGUUAUCACAUCAUACAAGAAAUCAUAGACAGAGGUGAUGUAGAGAUUUGCAAAGUAGGAACAGACGACAACAUAGCUGACCCCCUUUGGGAAAGCUAAAGCAUGAGGGUCACACUAGGUCAAUGGG